AGCAGGUGUGACAACAAACCCUCUGUUACAGUUAACCCCAGCUAUUGGCCAACAUGCUGCAGUUCCUGAUUCUCUUUUUGCUUCUGGACAUAAGAACUGUCACUAGUGAAGGUGAUAUCAGGUUGGUGAAUGGCAGUAACUCAUGUUCUGGACGAGUGGAGGUUCUUCAUAAUGGGACAUGGGGAACAGUGUGUUCAGAUAACUGGGAUCUAUUAGAUGCUGCAGUGGCGUGCAAACAUCUGGGCUGUGGAAAUGCUAUAGAUGUAAAGUUUAAUGCAACUUUUGGAGAAGGUUCAGGACAAAUAUGGCUGGAUGAUUUAGCUUGUGUUGGUACUGAGUCCUCAUUUUCAACCUGUGGAGGACCACCAUGGGGAGUAAGCAACUGUGGACAUAGCCAAGACGCUGGAGUCAUUUGUCAAGCUUCUGUUAGGUUGGUAAAUGGCAGUGACAUUUGUUCUGGACGAGUGGAGGUUUAUCAUGAUGGUCAAUGGGGAACAGUGUGUGAUGAUAUCUGGGGUCUAUCAGAUGCUGCAGUGGUGUGUAGAGAACUGGGAUAUGGAAAUGCUAAAGAGGCAAAGUCUAAUGCUUAUUUUGGACAAGGUUCAGGACAAAUAUGGCUGGAUGAUGUAAACUGUACUGGAACCGAGUCUAAUCUAAAAAGCUGUAGAUCAAAUAAAUGGGGAGUACACGACUGUGGGCAUAAUGAAGAUGCUGGAGUCAUCUGUCAAUGUUAUAUACGGUUGGUGAAUGGCAGUAACUCUUGUUCUGGACGAGUGGAGAUUCUUCAUGAUGGUCAAUGGGGAACAGUGUGUGAUGAUAACUGGGGUCUACCAGAUGCUGCAGUGGUGUGUAGAGAACUGGGCUGUGGAGAUGCUAAAGAUGCAAAGUCUAAAGCUUAUUUUGGACAAGGUUCAGGACUUAUAUGGCUGGAUGAUGUAAACUGUACUGGAACUGAGUCUACCCUAAAAAGCUGUAAAACAAAUACAUGGGGAUUGCACAACUGUGGACACCGUGGUGAUGCUGGAGUCAUCUGUCAAUGUGAUUAUCAGUUGUUGGCUAUGUAA